AUGGGGAAGAAGGAUAAAAAUGAGGAGCGGAAGGAGAGAAUCCUGAAUCUCACACUGGAGAUUAUCUAUCUGCUGACUGGAGAGGGCUACGUCAUCCCUAAGAAGAAGAGCCCAACUGUGGGUUUGGGGGCCCUGCAUGCCCCUGGCUCCGUCAUACAGAAGGAAAAUGACAAGAAGAUCCUGGAACUCAUCUCCAACAUCAUCCAGCUGCUGACUGGAGAGGUUGCCAUAAGGUGUGAGGAUGUUUCCAUCUAUUUUUCCUUGGAGGAGUGGGAGUAUAUAAAAGGAAACAAGGCCCUUUACAGGGAGGGGAGAAAGGAGGAGGAGGAGCCCCAGCAGCUCCGCCCACUGGGAUCGGAACAGCCCCCACCGGCCAAUGGGAUUAAAGAGGAGGCGGCUUCAUGGGAAGGGGAAAACCAAUCAGAUUGCAGCAUUAAUCCCCUUACAGAACAGAUACAAGGAACAGACACGCCUACUCCUAUCAUGGGGUGGAGCCUGAUUAACAAUUCGGCAGAGGAUUAUAUAUCAGUUGUUGUUAAAGAGGAGGCGGCUUCAUGGGAAGGGGGAAAUCACCUUGCAGAGCAAACACAAGAAACAGACACAGAGACGCCCAUGGGGCGGAGCCUGAAUAGCAGCUGCUUCCCUAACGAUACAUCAGACGCCUAUAUGGAGGAAUUACUUUCAUGGGGAACAGACCAUAAUUACUGCAACAUAAGUACAACUACAGGACAGACACUGGGAGUAGAUAAAUUAGCUCCAAUUGUUACAGGACAGACACUGGGAGUAGAUAAAUUAGCUCCUAUUGUGGAGCAUCCGAGAAGUCACACAGGAGAGAAAAGUUUUUAUUGUUCUGAAUGUGAGAAACAUUAUUCCACAUUAUCAUACCUUAACUUCCAUCAAAUACGAAUCCACACAGGGGAGAAACCUUUUUCUUGUUCUGAAUGUGGGAAAUGUUUUUUCACUUCAUCAGACCUUCUUGGCCAUCAACGACGAACCCACACAGGGGAGAGACCCUUUUCCUGUUAUUUUUGUGGGAAGUGUUUUUUCACUUUAUCAGACCUUACUCUCCAUCGGAGACGAACCCACACCGAAGACAAAUCGUUUUCUUGUUCUCAAUCUGGAAAAUGUUUUUUCACUUCAUCAGACCUUAUAGGCCAUCGGCAACAAAUCCACACAGGGGAGAAACCAAAUACUUGUUCCGAAUGUGGGAAAUGUUUCUCUACUUCAUCAAACCUUACUAUCCAUCAACGACAAACCCACACAGGGGAGAAACCAUUUGCUUGUUUGCAGUGUGGGAAAUGUUUUUCAUACAAAUCACGCCUUAAAGAUCAUCAAAUAACCCACACAAGGGAAAAACCUUUUUCUUGCUCUGAAUGUGGAAAAUGUUUUUCAAACCAAUCACUCCUUAAAACUCAUCACAGAACCCACACAGGGGAGAAACCUUUUUCUUGUCCUGAAUGUGGGAAAUGUUUUUCAGUCCAAUCACGCCUUAAAGAUCAUCAAAGAAUCCACACAAGGGAAAAAUCUUUUUCUUGUUCUGAAUGUGGGAAAUGUUUUUCAAACCAAUCCCAGCUUAAAACCCAUUACAGAACUCACACAGGGGAGAAACCAUUUUCUUGUUCUGAAUGUGGGAAAUGUUUUUCACACCGAUCCCACCUUAAAACUCACCAUAGAACUCACACAGGGGAGAAACCGUAUUCUUGUUGUGAAUGUGGGAAAUGUUUUGCCACUUCGUCACAACUUACUGUGCAUCAACGACGAAUCCACACAGGAAAGAAACCUUUUUCUUGUUCUGAAUGUGGGAAAUGUUUUGCACGUAACAGUAUUCUAAUAAAACACUUACAGAUUCACAGAGGGGGGAAACCAUAAGCUUGUUCUUAUGGCAAACAUUUCUCUCACAUCAUUUUCAAAAUAUUUUGCCACGUUAUCAGACCUUUGUCUAUUGAUGAGGAACCCACACAAGGGAGAAACCAUUUUCUUGUUUUGAAUGUGGACAAUGUUCUACAAAUCAGGCAAAUUGAUCCGUUAGUGGAGCCACUUUGUGCUCCAUAAAUUAGGGCAAGACCAAGAACGUUACUUUGCAGCCUGAUGGACACAGGUGAAUGCUCAGACAGGUGCCCCAUAAUGCUUUUCCCACGGCACUGGCUCCCCAUUGGGAACUGAGGGACCUCAUUUCAUGCUUAGUUCCCAGACACUGGAAUAUAUCUCUGCCCCCCACCAACAGAUAAUAUUCUGGGUGUUUUCUGUAUAAAAGUCGGGACGUGACGUGUCAGGCUGAUUGAUCGGUACAUUUUAUAUUGGUUUAUAUGUUUUUCAGUUGCAAAAUGAGUGUUUGUUAUUAUUAGCCAAAUUCAGUAGCAGCUGAAAACGAUGGGGCAGAUAUAAUGUUUGUAAUUUAAUGUUUACUGCGAUUCAAGUGUUUUUUGUGCUAGAUCUCACAAACUCGAAUUACUUCAAAUCAGGUAUUUAUUAAAGGCAUUCUAUCAUGA